AUGGAAUCUUCAAUCGCAGAGAGACAAGCUGCGCACGAAACCGUCUUCCACACCCCAGAGAUCCUAGAAAUCAUCCUCGACUUCCUCUCUUUCCCAGACCUCUCCGUGUGCUGCCUCGUCAGCCAACGCUUCCUCGGCACGAUCGAGUCCUCGCUCCUGCAACGGAAAUUAUCAGCCUGCGAGACGGUCCAAACAGAGACCCUCCAAUACGCCACCAAACCGAACGGCGCAUUCGACUACGACCUCGGUGUCAAGACAAGCAACAGGAAACUAAGCCCCCUACUCUCCGCCUCGAAAGGCGCACACAUCCGCCUCGACCUAAGCCCAAAUUGCGCCCCCACCACAGCCCUCCUCUUCUCCAUCAACGACUUCCUCUCCUCCCCCGACACCUGGCGACGAACCUACCUCACCCUCCCCCCGAUCCCCGCCGCCCGCCUACGCAUGGAAUGGACUCUCGAGCACGACGGCUUCUCCGGCAAGCUCUUCGACGAGGGGAAAGUGGAGAGUGUGGACGGGAAGGGGUUGACGUUCGGGGAGCUUUGGGAUGGGUUGAUGGCGAAGAGGCCUUGGCAUUAUUAUUCGGUUCAUAGGAUGGGGGCUAGGGUGGGGAAUGUCGAUGCGGAGGAGAGGACUGUGGAGGGGACGCUGGGACGGCUGGAGGUUUUGACGGAGGGGAAGGUGAGCGUUGUGGAGGGACGGUGUUGGGUGCAGAUACCGAGGAUGACGGGGCUGGUUGAGUAG